AUGCCAAACGCAGAGACAAAAUGGGUGAAAUUCGGAGAAAUCAAAACGAUUGCCUUUCUGGGGAAGGAUACGGUAGCGAUAGCCUCGGGUCUCCACGUAAUAUUCAUAAAUUUGAAUACAAAAGAAGAAAGAGUGGAGAAAUUUGACAGUAAGGAGCGGGGAGAGGGUGCUCGGUGUCUGGCGGGACAUCCGGUCGUUCCGAUGUUCGCCAUCUCCGAGAGACGAGCGAAUCCGAAGGUUCGGGUCUACACGUAUCCAUCCAUCAAUAAAGUAUCCGACUGUGUUUACAGAGAAAAAAAUUGGACUGGAUAUAUCUCAAGUGCCUUUGCAGGAACUGAUUAUCUGCUUACUCUCACUUCAUCCCCGAGUUUCAAGAUGAUCGUGUGGCUGUGGAGAACAGGAGAAUGCGUAGCGACAGUUAAAACUGGAAUUACUGACGAAUACCAGACUCUGUAUUCUUCUCCAACGUCUCCAACGCUGAUAGCGCAGCUGGGGGUUCCCUCUGGUCUCAUGAACGUCUAUGAACUGAACAUCUGCUCGAAGAUCGUUUCCCUGGUGCUGUCCUCCCAGGACUCUAAACCCGAGAGGAUCACAUCAGCCUCCUGGACGUACGACGGGAGCCUUUUGCUGUCGGAUGACGUCGGUAACGUCUACCUCACUCCAACUGACGGAAAACGUCGUCACCAGGUCCUCCAGCGACUCGAGACAGCCCCUCAACCCCCAGGACCUCUUCUGGUUGCCUUCCGGGGUGGAGUAUCCGUCGCAAACACCUCUCCAAACCUCUUCGAUGAUUAUCAGAGGUUCGUUCUGGCAGACGCGCAAUUGUCCUCCCAUCGCCUGCGAGAUGUAAAAAUAAAUACUGAUAGUAGAUACGUCAUUACUUUCGGUUACGACGGACUCGUUGCAAUAAGAAAUAGAGCCAGUCUGAGUGAGCUCCUCUGUCUUUUCACGACUCAUCAUCGUCAAGAGGGUGGCAUCAAGUUGGCAGUUGUCAGCCUUUCGACCAGCAUGCUGAUUACCCUGGGAAAGAAUGGGAAUUUGGUUGCAUCGAAAAUCAGUCAAUUGGAGUCUGUGGAGAUUGGAGAUCAUGUCCCGAAUGUUGAGGUGGUGCUCUCGAGCUCCACUCGAACUGAAUGGGACGAAGAUCUGACGUGGAUGGAGGUGAAGGAAGCAAAGAAACUCGAUAGGGAGCGAGAUGAGUUUGCGAUUGAAAGAGCAUCGAUAUUAUCUGAUUUUGGAAACCUGAGAGAUAAGUUGAAGGCACUCAUAGACGACAACGAAAAAGCAUCAGAGGUGGCUAAAUUACCCCUCGAGACGUUCGACCUGGAUAAAGAAGGCAGAGCAAGACUCAUAGAGAGAAACCAUGAGGGGCAGGGGAACUUAGUGAGGACACUCGAGGAAAAAGCAUCACGUGAGGCUGAGAUCAAGGCUCUGAAUUUACUGAAGGGCAAUGACGAUGACGAGGAGGAGAAAUUCGUACUGUCUGGAACAACCACCCACCGCUGGAUACGUGAGGAUCCCUCACGCGUUGUAAAUCAAAUUUUACGAGACGGUAGUUACUGCGAGGGUGUGAAGAGAAAUAUCCUGGGGAAAAUACGAGAGGAAAAAUUAAAGAUAUAUUUCAAUAAGUUGUUUGAGACGAUGCGCUCCCGUAAGUCAACUGAAAUAGAAUUAGCGAAGAACCGGAUCGCCAGGAUCCAGUACUGUACCUCAGAGCUGAAACAAAUGUUCCAAGUGGAUUGUACCAUAGAUCACAGUUGGUUAAAACUCGAGUGGCAAGAAUCGGAGAGACCGGAGAGUGUGGUCGAGGUCGAGGAUGAGGAAGUUUACAGAGUGAUAAAUGAUUCAGGGGCUGAGGCGAACGUGAAACGUUUGGAUAAUUCAGUGACGCGUGAAUCGAGCGUCUUCACAGAUAGUUUCCGGAGAAGGGAGUUGAAGAAGAUGAUGGACGGGGUCCUUGAAGUCAAGUGGGAGGACGAGAUCAAGAAGGACAUUGCAAGGCCAGAUUGCCUGACAAGAGACCCUUCGACUUAUUCCGAAGAUGAUUUGAGGAUUAUCGAGAAUUAUGAGAGUGCUCUGAAGGAUCUGGGGAGGGAGAGGGAAAAAUAUCGAAGAUAUUUAGAGCGAGAAGUUCAAGUAUUGGAAGAGUCUCUCAAAUCGAGCAUAGUGAAUUUCAAUGAAGAGAUGAAACAACUCCAUCUGAAACGUCUGAAAAUAGAGUCAGCAGUUCUCCAGGAGACCCUGAUGCGUCUCCGUGAGUGCCAAAGGCAUCAACUACGUCUCAAGGGGAUGGAAGCCGUAGCCAGUCUGGAAAUUAACGAACUAGCUCCGGCUGUGGACCACACAAAAAAUCUAACAGAGAAUUUCUCUGCUUUGGAAUCCGCUGUAAAUGAAACACGUGUCAGAUACGACAAUUUAUCGAAACGAGAGAAAUUACUCGAGGGAAAAUUCCGAGGUGAAUUCACGGAUUUAAAGCAACCGAUGGUGGAGCAUCUGCUGCGUCAGUACAAAAAACGCCCGAGGCUGGGACAAAUGACAUGCACGUCAGUCACGUACCUCGGAGAAAUGGGAAAAUGUAUUUUGAGUGGUGAAAAGUCGGAGAUAUUGCCGAGAGAGUGCUUGGAUUUUUUAAAGGGGAUGGAUAUGCUGGACGUGAUGCCCAGUGGACUUCCCAGUCAAAUCGACGGAAGCCACUGGAUGAUACUGUGCAAAUUACGAAGGUUCAAAGUGGAAAUUGAAAUUCGAUUGAAGAGCUGUGCAGUGGAGUUGGCCGAGGCGGAGCAGACCCUUUCCUCUCACCAGAAGACCAUCCAGAACUCUCAGAGUCGAGUCCAGCAGUUGAGGGAGACAAUAACAGAGCGCAAACGACUGAAUGCCGAGGCGAUGAGGGACAUGGAGGUUCAACUAGUCUUGACAAUGGGACAAAUAGAGACUCAGCUGAGCGGCGAUCCUCGAGAUCUGGAUAAUGCUGUGCUGGUGCCAUUCGACGUGGUGCUUGGAGUUAAUGAUGCCAUUGUCGCAGCUGGACGUAAAAAACUUGGGGCCAUGAAACGAACGAUGGAAUUUCGACGAACCAUUGAGUGGCAAGAGUGGCGUCAUGCUUGUAUGAGGAUGACUUUGGAGGAUUUGAAGGAGGAUUUGAAAACUUUACAGGGUGUUAAGGUCACAAGAGAGAUACAGAUGUACCUGAUGCGUCACGAUAGCAUGGGGGGAAUCGACAAGGACGGACACAUCUCCGAGAAGAUACUCUCAUCGACUCAGGAGAGACUCUCAAGAAUUUUGACCGCCGAAAAGUCCAGACUAUUCGAUAUUAUAAAAACGGUUAAUCUAUGGCAGAAGAGAAACGAUCGGCUUGAGGAUAAAAUCGAGAAAGCUAAGGCUGAGAAUUGUAAAAUGUCAGUGUUGGCUAAUGACGAGGCGAGGCUAAGGCAGGAGCGUUUUGUCCGGGCCAAGGUGAAGGCGAUCAUGAAAAGGAAUAGAUUGGUGAAGAGGAUACAGGAUAAUUAUGCAGAGCUUAUGUCCCUGCGGACCCACCUCGAGCUUCUCAGACUCAAGACAUAUCCAACUUUGAGACUCAAGGACGCCACACGCUUCAAGAAAAAUUCAUUCCAUUAAUAUAAUAUAAAUAAAUUAAUACAUAAAUUCAUUGAAUCAAUCCCCUCCCCUCAGAGAAAUUUUAUUGAAUUUCUCAUGCAGUUCUAUUAGAAUUCCUUCACAACAUUCUAGCAUUUCUAUAAGGAAUUAUGUAAUUUUAA